CUACGUUACUACAGAUGCAGGUGUUUUCCCGAGUCUUGUAAUAGGUACUACUGUACUUAAAUUAUGUACCAUUGCGACAUUGGUCUGCAUGCACAUGUUAACCCAUGUUUCCAGCAUACUAGAUUCAUCAUUUUGAUCUGGGCAAAACUGGGUUCCUGGUGGGAGCUACAUGAUCAGGCAUUAUGGCAAGGACCCUUGCUCGCGUUCCCCUGAGAUUCGCAAUUACACAAGGUAUCCGAUCAAACCUGGAUCCUCCGGGAAUCCUUACGAUUCUGGGCUACAUGUGGUUCCACGUGAUCCUGGAGCAUCGCUGGCAGCAAAAGUACCGCAGUCUUCCGGGUCGCAUGUCAUGUAUAUCGUCUUACAAUCGUGUGGGUGAGCUUUGUAAGGAUCUAAAGGUAGAUCUCUCUCUUACUCAGUAGUCAAGAGAAUCCUCCCACCAACUCUCAUUUUCGACCUAGUUCAAUCCUUUUGCACUUUAUUGUUCUUGUAAUAUAAGCAUUCUGUCCCCAUACCAUUAUAGACUUUUCUGGCUCGUCGAUAUUCCAUUGCCUGUUCUUGUGGUGUGUGCGCAUGCGCGUGUGUGUAUUGGGAUCCUGACAGCAACCGGUUCGAGGGUAUUGCUGUGCGCAAUGGAAGUCGAUCCCGCUAUUCUAGCGGCCUUUGGUCCUCCGCCUGAUGGCAUCGAUUUACUUGCAAAACAAGAGACAGCGAUUAUUGCGGUGGCGCUCGUGUCUACGGCUUUUGCGACCGUCGCCCUUGGUCUAAGAAUAUGGGCAAGAAACUUCCAACGGUUCGGCAUGAUGGCCGAUGAUUGGCUAAUGAUAGUCGCUCUUAUAUUCACCUAUGGCACACUUGUCAUCACAAUCCUAGGAGCCAAAGCUGGCGCUGGUAAGCAUCUUUGGGCUCUGCAUCCACAAGAUAUAGCCAAUAUUUUCCGGUUGUUGUACGCAUACACCUAUAUAUACGCUGGAAGUGUGUCUUUCACAAAGCUCUCGAUCUUGCUAUUUUAUCGCCGACUGUUUGAAAGAGGCUCAGCAUGGUUUCAUGUCAGGCUAGGCUUCGCAGCAUUCUUUACGAUUGGAUAUUUGCUUUCUAUCUGGUCUGUUGCCGCGGCACUCUGCCAACCUACGGAGUUUUUUUGGACCCAGUUUCUCGGCGUGACGAAGGGGAAAUGCCUCGAUAUCAACGCCUCAUUCUUAAGUUUGACGGUGCUCAACCUUGUCGCCGAUCUCCUUGUUCUAGUGGUUCCGAUCCCUGAGAUUUUGGCCCUCAAGAUGACAACCAAGAAGAAGAUUAGUGUCUGUGCGGUCAUGCUAUUAGGAGGCUUAGUAUGUGUUGUCAGUGCCGUGCGUAUCUGGGCCUUCUACCGAUUUACUGUCGAAGUUGACAUCACCUGGGUUGAGGCCGAUGUGUUCCUGCUAUCUUCUCUAGAGCCUUCGUUUGGUAUCGUUUCAGCAUGCCUUCCAAGUUUACGUCCAUUAUAUCGCAGGGCCAGAGCUAGGAUCACCGGGAAAGAGACUCAUAGUAGCACAACGGGAACAUGGUACACGAACUCCAAGGCCGACCGUAUCGGUAACAGCUACGUCCGUUUCGGCGACGAUAAUUCGAGGUCGGGCGAACAAGAUGAUAUUGCUCUAACUAGCAUUGGUAAAGGGCCGACCGCAAACAAGACAAUACCACAGAACAUCAUUCUAGUACGGUCCGAAAUAACACAAUCUACAAAUCAAGCACAAACACGAGGACCAGUACGCCAUGAUUCCCUCGAUUCUUAUUAAAGCACAUGGCCAUUUUGAUGUUUGAAAUAUUUUGACGGCGCAACCGGCGUAACGGGGGAGAUGGUAUUGGCCUCUACUUAAUUACAUCGAAUGACGAAAUAACCAAACCGUGGACUAUCAGACCCUUGGGAACAAGAUGGGUAGAUAGUAUACUGCACUCUCGGUCAUUAUGGCGUCAAAAGAGAUGUAAAAUACAGCUUCCCAAAUCAGGAAGGCCAUAGUGAUUGCUACUGAAACCACCUUACUAUGUAUAUAUACAAGCUUCAAGUUAGAAAGCCAUCGGAGCAGUCCGCGAGGAUUUUUUUCGCGGCCUGUCAUUUUCGCAUUAGAUAUCCCAAAAUUAGAGACUCACGAAAUAUUAUUAUACACGGGUGCUUCUCGGCCAAUA